AUGACCUCCGCCUCCCCCGCCUCCGCCGACACUUCCUCCACCCCGGCCGCCAUGGCCACCCUCCUGCCCAGCUUCCGCGCCACUCUCCGCGCCUUCACCGCCUCGCCCGCAACAGCGUUCCAGCACAUCCGCUCCACCACGGCCGCUCCCCUGUCCGCUGCGAAACAGCUCUUUGUCCUCGACUCGUCGUUCAACCCGCCCACCAAGGCGCAUUUCAGGAUCGCGCUUAGUGCGUUUAACGAUUCUACUGCUACUACUACUAAUACUACGGCUGGAUCAGCGGCGGCGGCGGCGGCGGCGGAGAAGAGGCUGCUGCUGUUGCUGGCGACGAAUAAUGCCGAUAAAGCGCCCAAACCCGCCCCCUUCGACGACCGCCUCGCCAUGAUGACGCUCCUCUCCUCCGAAAUCUCCGCCCUCUCCUCCACCUGCACCUCCCCCACGACCCCAGCGGCCGUCGACGUAGCACUCACCAAGCACGCGCGCUUCCUCGACAAAGCCUCCGCGCUGCGCAGUGAGUACACGGGCGCGCACGAGUUCGUCUUCCUGACGGGCUUCGACACGCUCGUGCGCAUCUUCGACCCGCGGUACUACCCCGAGGCCGAGCACCGGCUCGACGGGCUGAGUGCGUUCUUCGAGAGGGGCGUGGUGUGGUGCAUGUUUCGCGAGGGCGAGGGGUAUGGGGGGAGGCGCGAGCAGGAGGCGUGGUUGGACGGGUUGCGGGGGGGGAAGUUGGAGGGGGAGAAUGAUGCGGGGGAGGUGGUGAGCUCGACGAAGGUGCGGGAGGCGGUGAAGGGCGGCAAUGGGGAGGUGUUGGAGGCGCUGUUGACGAAGAGUGUGAGGGAGUAUGUGCUGGAGAGGGGGCUGUACUUGGAUGAUGGUGAAGGGGGUGCCGGGUUCGAUCAUUGA